CGGCAUUUGGACAGAGCUUCAGAAAUUCAGGAUAUAUUAGCACUAAACUGGUGCACACCGAGGAACAAACUAUUUGAAUCUCAGAUACAAAAUGAUUUCUAGACUUUCUUUUCAGAUUUUCCUGAUGGGGAUCAUGUGUGCUGGUGCACUGGCAUCAAAUUCAAGUUGCACUGAAAUGAUGAACGAAGGAACUGGACAAGACACUUUAUUGCAGUUCUACUACAACCAUUACCUCGGAUAUUGUCUGCCUUUCUUCUACAAAGGAGACGGAGGCAAUAGCAAUCGCUUUGCCACCGAUCAGCAGUGCAUGGAAAUCUGUUUCUCUGAGUAUCAUGAGCUCUAUCCAGAAGGAGAUGCAGUUUGCAAUUUAAAGAUGGAGCCAGGCAGCUGUUUUGCUCGACAGGCCAUGUAUUACUACGACAGUCAGGAGAAAGCCUGCCGCAUGUUUCUUUAUGGAGGCUGUCAAGGAAAUGGAAACCGCUUUGAUACUAAAGAGGAUUGUGAGAAGAUGUGUCGAGCAAAGUCUGGAAGGAUGUUGGGACCAGCUCCAAACCCUGAUGAGCAAACGGUGGAUGUGGGUUUGAUUGUGGGUAUUCUAGGUGGUGUUGUGUUUGCAGUGGCAGUGAUUGCAUCUGUUGCUCUAUUUGUAGUCCAAAGGAAAGGAAAACAUGCUGACAUGAAGAAAGUGCCCACAAAUGAUGUCGAGAUGAGAUAAAAUAAAAGACCAGAGCUUUGUGUGUGUGUCUGUGUGUGCCUGUGUGUUCUUUUGUAUGACCUUUUUAUUAUAUGUUCUUCAUGAGAAAUUAGGCAAAAUCUGCAAGCAUUUGAUUGGUAAUUGACUCAAAAUUGUCUUUUAGCAUAAACUGUUAACUUUGAACUGGUUAGAAAUGUAUUAACUGUUGCAACAUUUGUAAAUGUUUAAUUGUUCAAGAUGAUGUAAUGUAUUUCUAAUAAGGGUUUGUUUUACCUAAAAAUAAAGCGGGAGCUUG